GCCCGGCCGCCUGGUGCCUCCAGCCGGACCCCGGCCGGGCUCAGACCGCCUGGAACAAGUGCGGCGCCGGCGCCGGGGCCGGCGGGGCCCGCGACUGGUUCCCGGCUCCGCGGCGGAAAGUCUGCGCGGGCGAGCAGAUGGGCUCCGACGUCCGCGACCUCAACGCGCUGCUGCCGCCCUCGGUGCCGCCCCUGCCGGGCAACGGGACCUGCUCCAUGCCGGUGAGCGGCGCCGCGCAGUGGGCUCCGGUGCUGGACUUCCCGCCGGCGGCCUCCUACGGCUCGCUGGCCCCGCCGCCCUCGGCCUUCAUCAAGCAGGAACCCAGCUGGAGCUCCGGCGACCCGCACGAGGAGCAGUGCCUGAGCGCCUUCACCGUCCACUUCUCCGGCCAGUUCACCGGCACGGCCGGCGCUUGCCGCUACGGACCCUUCGCGCCGCCCCCGCCGCCCAGCCAGGCGCCCUCCGGCCAGGCGCGGAUGUUCCCCAACGGCCCUUACCUGCCCAACUGCCUGGAGAGCCAGCAAGCCAUCCGUAACCAAGGUUACGGCACAGUGGCGUUUGAUGGAGCUCCAAGUUACGGCCAUACUCCCUCUCACCCUGGGGCACAGUUUACAAACCACUCCUUCAAGCAUGAGGACCCCAUCGGCCAGCAGACGCCUUUAGGUGACCAACAAUAUUCGGUGCCUCCCCCAGUGUACGGUUGCCACACUCCCACAGACAGUUGCUCCAGCAGCCAGGCUCUUCUCCUGAGGAAUCCUUACAACAGCCAUGCAACUGGAUAUGAAAGUGAUAAUCACACAGCCCCAAUGUUAUACAGCUGUGGGGCCCAGUACAGAAUACAUACCCAUGGAGUUUUUAGAGGAAUUCAAGAUGUGCGACGAAUGUCUGGAGUGCCUCCAACAAUUGUUAGAUCAGCAAGUGACACAAAUGAAAAGCGACCUUUUAUGUGUGUGUAUCCUGGCUGUAACAAGCGAUAUUUUAAACUGUCCCAUUUGCAGAUGCAUGGUAGAAAACACACUGGAGAAAAGCCGUAUCAGUGUGACUUUAAGGACUGUGAACGAAGAUUCUCUCGUUCAGAUCAACUCAAAAGGCAUCAAAGGCGACAUACAGGUGUGAAACCUUUCCAGUGUAAAACCUGUCAGAGAAAGUUCUCCAGAUCUGAUCAUCUGAAGACUCACACCAGGACUCAUACAGGUAAAACAAGUGAAAAACCUUUCAGCUGUCGGUGGCCCAGCUGUCAAAAGAAAUUUGCUCGUUCUGAUGAAUUGGUCCGUCAUCAUAAUAUGCACAACAGGAACAUGACUAAACUUCAACUUACCCUUUAGGUGUUUCAUACUUUUUGCACAACCCAGAUGGAAUUCUAUGAACUGUUGCAAACAUUUUCAGCUAUCAUCUCUUUGCUCGUAAGGAAAUCUUAAGAUGCCUUCAGCUUGGACUUUGGAAUUUUCCAUUCCAAACCUCAAAUGGUUUAAAUUUGUAACAUUAUUAUAUAACUUCGUUGGCUAGGUUACACUUUAAAUUUUGCUAUAGACUCUAGUUUAUGUAUAUUUGUUCUUUCCUUCAGAAGAUUUUUGUACUUAUUUUUUACUUGAAAUUUGUCACAGUGCUCAGUCAUACUCAUACAUAAUGAAUGGUAUAUGUAAACGUCAAUUCAUGUACAAUAUAUCCUUAUUGUGAAUAACAAGGUUUCCAAAAUGCUACAGUCCUGUACAAUACAUAGUCAGAUUAAUAACCUUUGCAUUACCCAAGGCAGGACAAUUUUAUUCUCUUUGGAGAAUUUUUGCCACAAACUAAUCCAAAUCCUCACUUGCAACUCUCAGAACUGUGGAUGUAAUAUUUUUUAUAUAGAUAUAAGUAACACGUUUGAGAGGUGAGGGAAAAUGCAUCUCCCACUGUGCAUUGAAAUGUUGCAUUUCACAAUUAUUUUGUGAUGUUCCCAAGAAUCUCUACAUUGAAGGUAGGGAAUAUAUAGGGAGAAUUGCCUAUCAUGCAAGGCCUUUCAAACUCCAUUGAAUAUUUGUUGUGUGUAUGCUUCUGUGUGAGCAUGUGUGCAUGUGGUUUGUGUGUGUAUAAAUCAGAUUGUGCAUGCUGUUAACAUUUUGAUCUAUACACGGUUAUUUAUCUGCAUAGAGAUGAUAAGCUUAUCCUAUAUAUGUGUAUUCUUUCUCUGUGUAAUUGGGGAUUUUGCCUUUGAAGGAUUUCCUAUCAUACAGGGACAGCCUAGUACACAUAAUCAUACAUUUAUAUAUUGUGUACAAAUCCUGAUUAUGCAUUACUCCUGACCAAUUGCCACUAUGAUCCUAUGUAUAUUCAGUAAACAUGAUCUGUCAUCUAUAUGAUGCCAAGACUGAUAAUGAAACAAUGAUGAAUUUCUAGUUUAUCUUAUUUUUGGAAAACCUAGGAGCUGAAAGAGAUUUUUCUAGAACCUGCUUAUGGAAGAUCAAUAGAUAAUACUGACUUCAUUAGUAUCAGUUAAGUAGGGAAUCAUUCUCAAGUCUGUUUUUUAUCUUAUCCCACCCCAUUUACAUUUAGAUAUCCAAUCUAUAAUUCCUUUUUUUGCCCUGCUAAGAAAAGAAGAAAGUGACAAUGUAUGUGAAAUCCUUUCAGUAAGUUGACAAUGCAAUUCUAGGCUGAAAAUAAGCACCACUGAACUCAAUUGGACAGACAACUGAAUUAAUCUAUACGAAAGUGCUGUGAAACAUUCUGUAGCAUAGUACUAUCAUUCUGUGACUGUAACAGAAUGUCCUUUCCAAAUUUGGUAAUACAAAAUGAUUCAAUAUUUUUUGUACUAAAAAUGAGAUUCUUGCACAGAGUUGACUGAUUUUUAUCGAUAGCUGUCAUGUAGAAAAACUGUAUAUUUUUUUUUAUAUUGUGAAGCUGGUCUAAAUUUAUUUCACAUUGAGAAUAGGUCCUUGCACAACAUACGGUCAUAUAUAAUUAUAGAAAUUUAGGAUUUCUUUAUCAUGCAGCCAUACUGGUUAUAUGGCUAGCACGUUGUACAAAAUUAAAAUUGAACUUAAGAGGCUGGUCCAGAUUUUCCAUUAACACACAUGGCUCUUAAGCUUAAACAGAUAGCUCUUAAGUGACUUGAUCCUCAUUUACAAUUAUAUGUGCAAGAAACCCAAAAAUAAAAUUUAAAAAUGCCCAAUGUGAGGAAAUAUAUUAUUUCAGGAUCUGAGGUUUAUUAUUUACUAUUAAUUGAUUGAAAUGGUGUAUAUAUCUCUAUCUAUAAAUAUAUAUAUCAAGUAAUGUAUUUGCUUUUAAAUAAUUUAAAAAGCAAAUAAACAUGAGAUUUGGAAUCAGAAAUUCCUGAAAACUAUGGAUACCACAAAGACUGUACCUGAGUUGUUCACUGAGCUUUCAAAUAAAGCCCAUUUAAACAGAAACAAAUAAUA